AGAGAUCCUUGACUGGGCCACACGCAUGAACUAAGAGUGCCAAAGACCCAGGAGAACCACAGGUCAGGUCGUCACCCAACCCCACAGGGAGUAAGAGGGAGCUGCAGGCAGAGCAGGCUGAAAGUCCACCAAUGGCUGAGACCACAAGGCCUCUGAGGCAGCCACAGUUUUCAUGAUCACACCACACAGGACGGAGAAGCAGAUAACAAGAGUAACGUGCGCAGGGCUGGGCUGACGCUAACAGGAGGCAGUGUGUGGCUCGAAGAUUCUUGAAUCCAAAGCAGCAGCCGUGGCCACCCCAUCCUGCCCACAGCUCCAGCCCUGAAAGGACGAGGAGGAGACUUGACUGUGCCUCUUGCCCAAGGGACCAUGCCCAGGUGCCGGUGGCUCUCCCUGCUCCUCCUCACCAUUCCCCUGGCCCUGGUGGCCAGGAAAGACUCAAACAAGAAUGAGACGGCGGUGUUGAGGAAAUUAAAACCCGUCAAUGCCUCAAAUGCCAACGUGAAGCAGUGUCUGUGGUUUGCCAUGCAAGAAUACAACAAAGAGAGCGAGGACAAGUAUGUCUUCCUGGUGGUCAAGACACUGCAAGCCCAGCUGCAGGUCACAAAUCGUCUGGAAUACCUUAUUGAUGUAGAAAUUGCCCGCAGCGAUUGCAGAAAGCCUUUCAGCACUAAUGAAAUCUGUGCCAUUCAAGAAAACUCCAAGCUGAAAAAGAAAUUAAGCUGCAGCUUUUUGGUAGGAGCACUUCCCUGGAAUGGCGAAUUUACUGUGAUGGAGAAAAAGUGUGAAGAUGACUAAUGGUGUUUUGGGGCAUCCGUCCAACCUCCGCGACUACUGAUGCAUGAAAAUAAAACAAUGGCAGGUGGGAGGCUGUUCCCAAUGUGCUUUCUUCAUGC